AUGGAUGUUAGGUCAGACACAAUUGAGGGCCAUUCUCAACAUUGUGAGCUGCUCACUAUAUCUGAAGAUUUGCAAGAAGAGGGUAUGGCUGCCUUUGAAAUUCAAAACUGCUCCACUGAGGGUGUUUUACCUGAGGAAAGUGUGUCCUCAUGCACCCAGUCUGCUGCAAGUAUAGAAGAUACCUCCUCCAUUGCAUAUCCCUUUGAAAUUUUGAGCGAUUUAGAAACUUCAUGCAGCUCCUCUUUUGCCUCAAGUUCUACAGGUCCUGUUACUAUGGAUUUGUGCAAAGUCGAUUGGAAAGAUCCAGCACUGUGGCCAGAAAAUCUUCAAGACAAAGAAAGAAAUCAAAUUGUGCUUUCUGGAUUGAUGACUGAAGAGGAUCUGAAAAAAAUGGCAUAUCGUAUGACUUUGGACAGCGAUGGACGUUCAUUUUCGGAGUAUCUUUUGUAUGCAAAAUCCUCAAAUGGACGUGAGAAGAUUUUAAGAGACUGGCUUCGAUGGAGUGAUUCCAAACAUGUUUUAUACUGCAUCACUUGCAGAGCUUUUUCUACAAAUUAUUACCAUAGAAAGGAUGGGAGUAUACUAUGUAGGAGCGAAGGCUUUGACCCUUCCAAAAACACAUGGCAUCGACUUUAUACACGAUUGCCAGAGCAUGAACGUUCUGCUCAACACCGAAAGUACUACCUAAGUUGGCGAGCUUUACAGAGGUCCAUAGGCGGACAAGGUGUGGACUUUGAGAUGCAAAGAAAAUUGACAAGAGAAGCAGAAAAGUUUGCAGCUCUGUUGGAAAGGCUUCUUAAUGUUACCUUAUUUUUGGCCUCACGGAAUCUGGCUUUUAGAGGAUGUUCUCAAAGAAUUGGAGACAUUCAAAAUGGUAAUUUCCUUGGAACUCUUGAACUUGUUGCCAAAUAUGAUAGUGUACUUAGGGAGCACUUGGAAAAGGUGAAACAAAGCCAGGAAAAAGGAAAGCGUCUACCUGCACAUUAUCUGUCAUCAGCCACACAAAACGAAUUAAUCGAUGUAUGUGGAAGACAUGUUUUGAAUGUCAUGCUUUCUGAAAGGCAACAAUCUAUUUAUUUUUCAGUGAUCUGUGAUGCAACACCAGAUGUAUCGCAUAUGGAACAGAAUGUUAUUAUUCUGCGAUAUGUGCACAGAGAUCUUGUGAAAAGAAAAUGGGGCAUUCAAGAAAGGUUCCUGGAAUUCUUUGAUUUCUUUGAGAAGACUGGUGAAGAAAUUGCUGAAAUGCUGCUAACAAGAUUGUGUGAGCAUGGCAUUGAUGUCAAAGACUGUAGAGGUCAAGGAUAUGAUAAUGGAGCCAACAUGUCAGGAAAAAUUAAAGGUGUAAGAUCCAGGAUCCAACAAAAGUAUCCCGCAGCGUUGUUUAGUCCAUGUGCAGCACACUCAUUAAAUCUGGUUGGUGUACAUGCAGCUUCAAGUUCCCCUGAAAUGAAGACCUUCUUUGGGAGUGUAAAUAGGCUAUAUGUUCUAUUUAGCAGCAGUCCUGAGAGAUGGAGCGCUUUGUUAGAUGAAGUUGGUGGUUCUUUACAUGGCCUUAGUGACACCAGAUGGAGUUCCAGGAUUGAAGCAGUAAAGCCAAUCGCACAAAAGCUUCCAAGUGUUCUGAAAGCUUUGGAAAGAGUGCUGAAAAGUAAAAAACUGACAAGUGCUGCACACUCUGAAGCGGAAGGGCUGCUAGAUUAUUUCUCCUCUUUCCGUGCAAUUGUUCUGGCUACAUUCUGGGUCAAGGUCCUGCAAAGUUUUGAGGAACGGAAUAAAAUCCUUCAGUCCAGGUCUGUAUCUAUUGACAUAGGUGCAGCCAACAUCAGGGCUUUGUCUGAAGAAAUGAAGAUUCUACGGGAUAAGUGGCCAGCUCUACUCUCGGAGUCCAAAGUUGUUGCUGAUUCUAUGGAGAUUCCCAAGGAGCUACUGAAUGCUCACCAGCUUCGUAAAAAGAAGGCUGAUAAAAAUGUUAAAGAUCUGGAUGUGGAAAUUUAUUUCAAAGUCAAUAUGUUCUUCCCAGCAAUGGAUGUCAUAAUUUCAGACCUGGAUCAAAGAUUUAAAUCAAUGGAAGAAGUCUGCAAGCUCUUUGCUCCCAUCUUGAAUCUGAGGACUCUUUCAGAAGAAGAACUGAAAACUUCAACAGAAAUGCUGAUUUCCACAUACCGUGAUGACUUUACUGAAUCCCUACUUACAGAACUACAACUCCUGCGGAAAAUCUAUGCAGAAACAUUUACCAAUCAGCUGGGUCCCUUGGAAUUAUUAAAUUCAAUUUAUGAGCUGCAGCUUGAAGGGAUUUUUGGAGAGAUUUGUAUUGCACUUAGAAUUUUUGCUACCCUUCCACUCUCAGUUGCAGAAGGAGAGAGAGCAUUCAGCAAGUUAGCCUUGAUAAAAAACUAUCUCCGAUCGACAAUGAGUGAGCAGCGUCUGAACAGUCUGGCUCUUCUGUCCAUUGAGCAUGAACUUGCAAGACAGCUAAACUUUAAAGACCUUAUAAAUGAGUUUUCUGAAGCAAAGGUACGAAGAAUGUCCACUACAAAUUUGUAA